CCCCACGUGAAACCAUUUAAACUCACGACCAAACUAUGAGCCUACUAGGUGUUUAGCAAGUUCAUGUAAAAUGCUCGUUAUACUUUAACAACGUGUGGGUUGACUUCAGCAGUUUAACUAUAUUCGCUACUUUAUGAGUACUGUGUAGUAGCUAAAUUAGCAAGCUACAUUUCCAUGGCUUUGAAGUUGAUUGACGUUUCCGAAAAUGCAGCAAUGCUCCCCGACGACUACGGUUGUAUGGUGGCGAAUCGUUUCUGUCAGCUUGUGGAUGACGAUGCCGACCCGUUCGACUUUAUAAAACAUGCCGAGGUACAGAAGGAGAAGAAAAAGAAAGCAAACCAAAUGACAGCGAAGCCUAAAAAACCUGGACAGAGGGAGUCCCAGAAAGAUAGGCGGGUCCCCGUUUUAGCCGACAGAGAAGACAACCUGCCAGGAAAUAAAACAGGUGGUAAGUGGUCUGCCCGAGGGGGAGGGGUCCAGAAUGAGACCAGAGGGAUGGUGGAGGCUGAGAGUGGCGCAAGGCGAGGUGUUCUUGGGGAAUGCAGGACCAACCAAGAGGAACACCCACCGGAGUACUCCAUCCAGAAGCCAGCACAUUAUGCUUAUGGCCAAGUUCAAGGAGGUGGCUACAGAAACAUGGAUACUACCGGUAGCUUCAGCCUGAGGGGCAAGCGAGAGUAUGAACGCCACAGUGGAACAGUCGUCUCCCUUGAGGAGAAGAGAGGAGGACGUGGGUCCUGGAACAGGGGCUGUGUUCAAGACCCUAUUUCCAUGGGUGAUGUAGGGGUGAAUGUGAAGCCUGAUGCAGGAGGCAUCCUAUCUGAGGCCGGCCAACAGCCAGCAGAGAUGGCGGGAGAGAAUCCCCUAUCAGAGGUGGAGGUGGAGGGGGAUGUGGUGGUCCAAGUUGCCAUGGAGAUGUCUCUGGACGAGUGGAAGGCCCUGCAGGAGCAGCGUCGCCCCAAGGCAGAGUUUAACCUCCGUAAACUGGACUGCAAGGUGCCCUCCAAGGCCAGAGUAAUACACAAGUCCAAACGCAUUGAGAACUUGAAGGCGGUGUCUGUGGAAGAACAGGAAGAGGACUGUCACGUCUCCAGUCUGCGCAGGUCUGCCAAUGACAUCACUUCCCACGUGGAGUUCAACUUUGGCAGCCUGCUGCGCCCCAGCCGAGGGGGGAAGGGACAAGGCAGGGGGGAGAGAGGGGGGGUGACUGAAAGGGCUUACUUCCUAGCCCCAAACCCAGAAGACCCUGAUGACUUCCCUGCAUUGACUGUGGGGAGAUAGGUGACUCACUAUAUAAUCUGAUAAAAUUUUGGGAAUUUACAGUGUGCCUUUUUAUAUAUAGGGAAUCCCUUGUAAUACAAUUAGUAAUUGUAAUUGUAUUACAAGGGAUUCCCUGUUUACAUUUGCCUCCUGGUGAAAUGGGUUGCUCUCUAAUAAGCACUGUUUGGUUUGUUGCUAUGACAACACACUGGUCUUGUGUACAUUUGUUAUUUCUCCUGGCUUGGGUUCUGACUGAAGCAAUGUUCAAUAAGACCUGUGAUAAAUGCACUGAUGGCUUGUG